AUGGCCAAUGCUCAGACCCUCCUAGACUAUCUAAUGGUAGCACCACCGGGUCUCGCUACCGAAGAAACCAACAAAACGCCCAACACCACCAAUGGCAGCUAUUCCUGGAGAGACAUCAACAAUGUUGGCGACUGGUCCGAAUUCACCUACGCCCAUGUUAUGCAGCGCUAUGGGAACUUGCUUCAGUCAGCACAGAUUGCGGAUGAACCGAUGCCAAACUCACCACCACAAUCUAUCAACACUGAGCCGAUGUUUGCUGUCCAUUUCACCACCUACAUCCAAAGUCGGUUACGCCGAGCGCUGCGAGCUAGUUUCCAGCAUCUUGAACCUCAACUUGCAAAUCUGCAUCUCACUCCUAUCACAAUUGACAUAGGUGAUGCAGCGCAGAUCAUAGACAACUUCCGACCAGACAUAGCAUUUUUUCAAGCAAACAGCACACUCAACUCCUCCCCAAAUCGUUGCCCAGGUGAUCUGAAAGUGUCAUGGAAAUGGGUGUCACACUGGGCAACAGCAUUAUCUGUUGAAGAUAGCAGGCAGUAUAAGCAGGUCCUAUCUCAGGUCAACUUUUACAUGAAACAGCACAACGCGCGUUAUGGCUUUGUCUUGACUGACACUGAGUUGGUACCGAUUAAAAGGCUGGAUGGGAAUGGCAACUUGCUGGUGGCACAGUCUAUAUCGUGGGAAGCGAGAGGACAGGGACGCUUAACUAUUCUUCUGGGACUAUGGUUUCUUGGAAUGUUGGGGGCGGCGGAUGAUGACUGGCAGCUUUGA